GGGUACCAGUCACCGGAGCGGGGACGUGCGGCGCGGCUGUAGAGGUCGGCUUGGGAUCCGGCCGGGAGGGCGGCGGCGGGAGGAGCGGCGCGGUGCCGAAGGCGACCCCACAUAAUGGAUGCUCUUUCUGAAGCAAAUGGCACCUUUGCCAUCCAGCUUUUCAAGAUCCUAUGUCAAGACAACCCUUCACACAACGUGUUUUAUUCUCCUGUGAGCAUCUCCUCUGCCCUCGCCAUGGUCUUCCUGGGGGCAAAAGGAAACACUGCUGCCCAGAUGGCCCAGGCGCUCUCAUUAAGCACAGAGAAAGACAUUCACCAGAAUUUCCAGUCACUUCUUGCUGAAGUGAACAAAUGUGGCACCCAGUACUUGCUCAGAAUAGCCAACAGGCUCUUUGGAGAAAAGACUUGCGAAUUCCUCUCGACCUUUAAGGAAUCCUGUCUUCGGUUCUACCAUGCCGAGCUGGAGCAGCUUCCCUUUGCCAGUGCUGCAGAACAGUCCAGGGAACACAUCAACACUUGGGUCUCCAAAAAGACUGAAGGUAAAAUUCGAGAGGUGCUGCCAGGUAACUCAGUCAGUGCAGACACCAGGCUGGUUCUUGUCAGCGCCAUCUACUUCAAAGGAAGGUGGGAUGAACAGUUCAACAAAAGCUACACAAGGGAAAUGCCUUUUAAAAUAAACCAGAAGGAACAAAGGCCAGUGCUGAUGAUGUUUCAGGAGGCUAUGUUUAAGCUCGCCUAUAUUAAAGAGGUGCAGACCCAGAUCCUGGAGCUUCCCUACGUGGGUAAGGAGCUGAGCAUGAUCGUUCUGCUCCCGGACGAGAACGUGGAUCUAAGCUCGGUGGAAAAAAGUCUCACUUUGGAGAAAUUCAGAGCGUGGACCCAGCCAGAUCGGAUGCAGAGCACAGAGGUGGAAGUUUCCCUUCCGAGAUUUCAGCUGGAAGAGGAUUAUGACAUGGCAUCCAUGCUCCGGGGACUGGGAAUGGUUGAUGCCUUUCAGGAGGGCGCGGCUGACUUCUCGGCCAUGUCAGGAGAGAAAGAUCUGUGUCUGUCCCAGUUCCUGCACAAGAGUUUUGUGGAGGUGAAUGAGGAAGGCUCGGAGGCCGCAGCCGCGUCAGCCAUCGUGGCUGUGGAAUGUUGUAUGGACCCUGGCCCCACGUUCUGCGCCGACCACCCCUUCCUUUUCUUCAUUAGGCACAACGCAGCCAACACUAUUCUUUUCUGUGGCAGGUUUUCCUCUCCAUAAAGGUGAGCAUUUCCCUCUUUCUGUGUCCUCCUGUCCUGCGCCACAGCCCCGGGAAGAUGGGCCCGUGAAGCCCAGUGCAAAGGGGAGGGCAGAUUCCUCCUGCAUCUCUGUCCCGUGCUUGUCCACACCCAGCCGUCCCCAUCCUGACCACUCGUCGGCCCCAAGAUCAUGGGACAAGAGACCUUAAUGAUUCCCUGUAGUAUUUAAAGUACACUCCGAAUCCCAUAGGAUCGAAUGUCAGGUUUCCCUGGAUGGCCCCAGACUUACUCCCCCCUCAUUCCACGUGUAAUUCAUUCUAGUGACACUGUUCUGCCUUGUACCUCAAAUCCUGUUGGCAGACUUGCCUUAGCCUGUUCAGUGGUAAUAAAUGCUGCUAGCUAGA